AUGCCUGAAUCCACAAUUCCUACAGCUGCUGGUGCCCAGGCUUCUAGCUCACAUAGGCCAAUUGCGCCUGGCAGGUCGAGCGUUGAUUCAGCAAUUGAGCCUGAUGUAUAUCCUUAUGGGCUUGCAACGAGCAGUGGCAGCUAUUCAAGAGUAGAAAAUAGCUAUCCGAGGCCAAGAUCAGCCUCCAUCUCCGCGCGGUUCAGACAGGCAGGGGGGGUCAAUAGCAUCGACAAUUUUGCUCGGUCAUGGCAGCGAGCUGCGUAUUUUCCAGAGGUCUUACCUCGACGGUCCUCGUUUGUGGUAGACUCUGACGAAGAAUGGGCUGGAACUACAAACGACAUCUUCAGGCCACAAGAAUACUCGGGACAUGAGGCCGACUUUACACGCCCUUUGUUGGGUGCUGAUGGAGGAAAUGAAGACAAUGGCAUGACCGGCCAGCUGAGCAAAAGGACGUCAAAUGCAGACAUUUUUGAACCAUCGCUUGGGGGUUCGUACGGAACGAUUUCUUCCCGCGUUAGUGCAACGACACGGAAGCAUGCGAUCCAAUUGCACAGAGAGCAACAAAGUCAUGGGGAUACAUCUGUGGGCUAUGAAAGGGAACCGGUUCUUGUAAAACAAGUGCAUCAUGAAGACGGUACAAGAGAGUGUAUUGUUGUCGGCCAAUCUACGGUUCCACAGACGAUCUUCAAUUCCGUCAACGUUUUGAUCGGUGUUGGUCUGUUGAGCUUGCCGCUAGCUCUGAAGCAUGCAGGCUGGCUUCUCGGCCUGCUAUUUCUACUAUUUGCUGCAGUAGCGACGAACUACACGGCAAAGAUCCUUGCAAAGUGUCUUGACGUUGAUAAGAGUAUUGUCACUUACGCUGAUCUAGCAUACAUUAGCUUCGGUCACCACGCACGCUUAGCGACAAGCCUCUUGUUCUGCUUGGAACUAGUCGGGGCUUGCGUCGCACUGGUUGUGCUUUUUGCGGACAGUCUGCAGGCUCUCAUCCCAGGCUUGAGCCUUCUUCAGUGGAAAAUAGUAUGCGGACUUAUGCUUAUUCCCCUCAACUUUUUACCAUUGCGACUUCUCAGCGUGACAAGUAUCCUCGGUAUACUUUCUUGUACCUCUAGUAUGUGUGCCUUCUUCCCGAACCCACUGUAUUUCCGAGAAGCUAACAUUGUCGAAGUCGUCAUUAUCACUUGUAUUGAUGGGCUUACGAAACCAACCGCCCCGGGAUCUCUCCUUCAACCAGCCAGGACGUAUUUAUUGCCUGACAAGUGGGCCACUCUUCCUCUUAGCUUUGGGCUCAUAAUGUCACCAUGGGGUGGCCACGGCGUAUUUCCAAAUAUAUACCGCGAUAUGCGGCAUCCACAGAAGUAUGGGAAAAGUCUCUGGGUCACUUAUAUUUUUACGUAUUCUCUUGACUGCACGAUGGCCAUAGUGGGCUGGAUCAUGUUUGGAGACGAUGUUCGAGAUGAAGUCACUGCCAACAUCCUACGUACAGACGAAUAUUCGCAGGUAUUGUCUAUUUGCAUGAUCAUGUUUAUCGCCAUCAUUCCAAUCACUAAAGUACCAUUGAAGUGA